AUGAAUGAAGUUCCAAAAUGGCGGGCGCAAUAUUUAGCUCCUCUUUCUGUUGCGUGGCAACAAGAGACGCCAAGUGCAGCAAGCAGCCUCGAUUCAAGAAACCUUAGCGGGUAGGAGAAAGGAUUGUUGUGCGCGCGCGCGAAGCGAGAAUGAACAGAAAAUGCAAAAAGUAGAAUUGACGAUGAAAAUUGAUUUUUAUUGCAUUUUUUAUGGACGAAGAGAAAUAUAAUAGAAUAUAGGAAAUGAAACAAGACAACAGAACUAGACAUCACCUAAGCCUGUAUUAUGUAUUACAGACAUUUAGCAACAUCCUUUUGAAGAAAUGCCUUUGAUCAACUCGUCCGGCUCUUUUACUCUGUUUCUAUUGCCUUUUAGUUUCAUUAUAUUUUUUCCAACAAUGCUGAAUAAAAUCAGUCAUCCUUCUUUUCAGAUUUUUUCUCUCGUCUUGUUUUGUUGUAUUUCCGAAAUCUGAUUGGUGGAAACUAAUCAGUGUUUUUACAUUCUCGCUUCUUAUUGGCUAAUUUUUCUCCGCCACUUGAACUUGAAGAGGGGACGCUUUAUUACAUCAACUGCAACCUACAGCCAUCUUGGCUUUAAAACUCUGAAAGCACGCGUAGUGGACGGCUUGUUCAUCAAGGACAAAGAAGAUUAAAAGUUAUACAGUAACUCCAAGCCUUGGUAAGUUCUAUUUCUCCUUAUGAUUUCAAAAUCUAGUGCAAAAUUUAAAUCUGGUCUCCUUCAUUACACAGAAUGCAAUAUGGAACACCCGACAAACGUUCCCGAACUUAUGCAGUUCGUGCAAACGACACUUCAAAAUAUGCAAGAGAAGUUCCAAAGCGUUGAAGACUCGAUCGUCAAAAGAAUGACAGACACGGGCAAGAAACUGGACGAAAUAGAAAAAGGUCUCACAGAUUUGAUGGACCAUUCCGGGAUGGGGGAACCGUACGAAGAAGACUUAGAAUCCGACAAAGAUUUCUCCGACACAGACAAGGGAAGAUAA